GGCAAAAUCUACCAUCUUGAUAUUCUCAAACCUUUGUGAUUUGUCACUCCAUGUGGAAUCAAAAGAAGUUCACGUCGUCAACAGUCACUCAAUAUUGCUCCUGAUUUGUGUGUGUACUCCUGCAAUGUAACCCAAUCUAUACCUUGCAGGGAAUCUACGACAUUAAAAAUAUCCUGGUGCCAACUCUAAUACGUGUCGUUAAGAGGUGGCCGCUUCAUCUAAUUAUUCAUCGUUGUCUUGGACAGAUGCGGAAAGGGCUUGGUUGAAGAGUUCAUAGUCGAGGGCAGAGACUGUGAACUGUGGAGCAGGAAGCAAAUCGGCUGUUCGACUUGUGCAGUGGAUCCACGACAAGCCAGAACGUGUCUUCUUCGACAGGUUUGAGCGCUGGGGCGUCAAUAUUCACCUCGAGGAGCGGACGAAGUCACUGCCGUGCGCGCAGGUUUAGUGUGCAGAACAUUUGUAGGACGAGCCUGGCUGCAUCUCGACGCCUCGAGGCCAACCUGAUGAGAUUCAGGUUCCUUUUGAGACCUCCGGAUGGAUAAAACUCGUCGAGAUUCAAACACUGCGGUGAUUCGAAAUCGUAAGCUGGGCAAUGUCGAAGAUCGUUUCCGAUUUCCUCUCCCACCGCUCAAUUUGAGAUUGUCGGGCGAUGUCGUCGAUCGUCUGAGAUAGACAAGACAAGCCAGUCAGGUUCAAAGGCGGAGCAGUGGCACGAUGGCACAAGUGUUACUAUCCUUUGUAAACGAGCAGACUCUGAUGUCCGGAAUCGCUCUUCUCUGCCGUUCUGUGGCAGUCUUGAGCUUGAUUCUGUCAAAUUGCGCUUUGGCACUUCAAAGACUCAUCAUCCAAGCCUUUUAUGUGGAUGGACGAGCUGAUCGGAUCGAAUGUCCUCACCACCCCGACCGUCCCGAUGAAGACCUGCAAAUCGAUCGUGAAUUUCGACGUAGGCAAAGACCGGUCCGUCCUACUUUGAAUGCUCAAUAAAUCAUAAUCGAGUGAGGAUUGUGCCCGCUAGAAAUCUUUCAAGUGUAUUCCAGCGUGCCGCUGAUGUCAGAUGUAGUAAUCUCCUCAGUCCUGUGUUUCAGAGUCGAGAGAGAGAAGCGUUCCAGAUUUCAAGUUGAUUACCGGCCGUAUAACUAGUUUACGACUCCGGCUGCCGUGCAGUUCACGAAGGCGUCCAUAUCCACGCGAGAGCUCUGAGUAGAGGCAUAGAUUCACAGUAGUGACACUCGCGGUUUGUUUCUCAGACGGUUUGCCUAGGAUACAGUCUACGAUUGCCCCUGCUUUGAACGAAAUCACGGCUGGAUGGAUCACCUGGACUUUAGGCUUCGCUUCCUCGAGGUUCGACAUUCUUAUGAAUUCCAAGCUUUGGGAGUCUUGGACAAGAUGCAAUUUCAGCAGAUUGAGGCGAUUGAGUGGAUUUCUCUCUGUCGAGCUACUACCCUCCUGCAUUCAGCUUUCCUCCAACUGUUUUGCAGCUAAAUCUUGUAGAAUCCAAUAUAAUUAAAUGUACUGCACUUUUUGGUGCCGUCAGUCGCUCUUUCCGUCGUCAAGCUCAAACUCAAAUCAAGUCUUGGAGGUGAACAUCAGGAUGUGCCCCUGCUGGUAAGGUGGUCAGAAUCUGCUGGACACAAUCCCGUUCACAGUCUUGGGUACAGUCGCUCCCCAUUGGACUUCACAUUCCAUUUCUGUAGUCUACAUCUGAUACUGUCUUCAUGCGCUGCCGGGGAGUCAAGGUCACGAUGCCUCUGUCCUACAGGCUCUUGUCUCGAACAUCUCCUUCAACUGGGACAUCUCCUUCGACUGGGAGACACGACAUGUUCUAAGACGUCCCGUUCCCGCUGAUUAUAGUCGAGUCGAUGUUCAGCUUGUUAUUUUUCUACAUUCUCGAGCUUUGAAGAAAAAAAUAAUUCCAUGUGACCUGCUCUAAAUGACAAUUUGCUUAAUAAAAAAAUUAUAUAUAUAUAUAUCUUU